AUGGUGAAGCUCUCGGAGCGCCGGCUGCCGGCGACGUCGCACAUCGACGAGAUCGUGCGCAGCGCGUCGCUGCGGGUCAAGGUGGGCUCCAUGGACGACGCCGCGCGCCAGGCGUCGCGCCUCGGCGAGGCCCCGAAGGUCGCACCGGAGGGCAUGGUCGACCACGGCCACGACUUCGUGUCCGAGAUCGAGGCCGCGCUUCGCAGCGCUGGCGGCCAGCUGCUGCAGGACCGCGACGCGGACUCGUUCCGGUCGCUGCCGGACCGGCUGGCGUAUUUCUGCGAGAACUUGAUCGCCAUGAACAGCUUCGCGGCGUUUUACAUUUUGGCGACGGCCUUCGUCGUGCUCGUCUUCGCGCACGCGGGCGGCUGGUACCUCCUCUUGCGCUACGAGCGCGACGCGCCGCUGCGCGACGGCGGCUACGCCGGCGGCGAGCGGCGGUUGUCGAACCGCGGCGCGCUGAACCGCGGCGACAUGGCGGCGGUGCGGGACACGCUGGGCUACAAGUCCUUCUCCGACAGCGUCUGGAUGGCGCUCCAGGUCCUCGCGAGCGCGGGCUCCGACCCGAGCCUGCCGACGCUGGCGCUGCUGCGGUGCGUGUACCUGUCGAUGAUCAUCUGCGGGUUGGUGGUCUUCGCGGUGCUGGUGGGCUUCAUCACGGAGUCGGUCGAGUCGUUCAUGCGGUCGCUCGCGGCCGGCCGCACGAAGGUCGUCGAGCACGGCCACGCGCUCAUCCUGGGGACGUCGGAGGCGACGCCGCGCGUCGUCACGCAGCUCGCGCUGAUGCGGAAGCGCUACCAGAAGGUCAACGAGACCUGGGGGCGGCGCCUCUUCCCCUGGCGGCGCGCGCCGCCGUCGACGCCGCUGCUCUCGAAGCCCGUCGUCAUCAUGACGCGGACCAUGGACAAGGAGGCGCUGGAGUCCGUCAUCGGCGAGGCCUUCACGAGCCGGUCCAUCUCGCGGACGCGGACGCGCAUCGGGCGGGACAUCGUCUGCCGCGUCGGCGACCCGGCGUCCGCCAAGGACCUCGCGCGCGUCUCCGCGGACGCGGCGGCGCGCGCGCUCAUCAUGAUGAGCGAGCAGGACGAGAUCGAGGAGGCGGAGACCGGGGGGAAGAUCUCCAACGGCGCGUCGCUGCGCACGCUCCUCGCGCUGCGCCACGUGCUCUUCACGAGCGCGAACCACUCGCCGACGCGAAGCGUCGUCGCGCAGAUCCCGAAACCGUCGAUCCAGAUCGAGGCGGCGUCCUUCCGCGACGCGCGGGGCUACCCCCUCGUGAAGCCCCUGGACAUGGGCGUGUUCCUCAACUCGCUCCUCUUCUCCUGCGCGUCCCAGCAGGGGCUGAGCCUCGUGCUCAUGGAGCUCCUCGACUGCGAGGGCGCCGCGUUCCAGCGGCGGCGCGCGACGCUGUUCUGCGGCGGGGUCGUCGGGCUGACGGUCGCCGCCGCCGACGACCUGCUCGACCGCGGGUCCAUCAUCGCCGUGUCGUCGUCGCUGCCGGGCGCGAAGCCGGAGCUCUGCCCGCCGCCGGACACGGUCAUCAAAGCGGAGGACGUCGUGAUUUUCGUGGCGGAAACGUCCACGCCGAAAGCGACGCCGCGCGACGCCGCUUUCGUGUCGACACGCGCCGAGGCCGCGCGGCGGCUCAAGGCGACCCAGGACGAGACGCGGAGCCGGCUGCGACGGACGUCGUCGGCCGUGUUGCGGGGCGCGCGCUACAUCCUCGUCUGCGGCUGGCGGCCCGUCUGGACCGACGAGGCGCACCGGCUGCGCGACCGCGUGUACCAGCUCCUCGACGGCGCGACGCCGGGGUCGCAGAUCAUCUUCGCCAACGGGCUUCCGGAGCUCACGUUCCGCGAGCUGAUGACGGGCGCGUGCGGCUUCCGCGACGUCUCCGGCGCCGACGACGCCGUCUUCGAGACGGCCCUGGGCGUCCGGAUCCGCCACGUGCACGGCGACGCCGCGGACGUCGCGCUGCUGCGGCGCAUCGUCAUGAACAUACCCAUCGAGACGGCCAUCGUCCUCGGCACGAACGCGCGCGCGUUGGGCGACCCGCUGGCGCCGAAGAUGCGCGACACGCGGGUCCUGAACAUCCUGCUGACGCUGCGCCAUCUCCGGGCGGCGUCGCCCUUCGCCGCGGAGCACAUGCACGUCAUCGGCGAGAACGCGAUCGACGAGACGCGCAUGCUGGCCCUGACGCCCGAGAGCGGCCGCGAGCCCGACUUCAUCAACACGCAGGCCAUCUUCGCGCGCGCGCUCGCGCUGUCCCUCGCCUACCCGAUCAUGGGCGCCGUCGUCCGCGACGUCUUCGACAUAUCGUCGCCGACGUCGAUCAAGCUCGUCGCCGCGAACCGCUUCGCGCCCCUCGACACCGCGACGACCUGGGGCGCCGUGAAGCAGGUCGUCCGAGACGCCGCGCCGGAGCCGGGCCACCUCGUGCCCCUUGGCUUGGUGUCCGCGCGGUCGCUCGGGCCCGAGCUCGGCCUCUCCGAGGCCGACGGCGUCACGCUGCGCGCCGGGGACCUCAUCGCCGUGGCCUACAAGGCGCCGUCGGCCUCGCCGCCGUCGCCGCGGUCCGACUCCUCGGACGACGACGGCGACGUCGUGUCCCUGGUCUGCGACUCCUACAAGGGCGCCGCGGACCGCGAGAUGACGCGCCUCGAGCGAGACCACGAGUUCGGGUGA